AUGGACAUAGUGUUGAGCGAGUCUGAGUCGGACGGCGACGGCGAUGGGCUGGGCGCCGGGCUGGGUGACAGGACAGGCGACGGGCCGGGCGAGGGAUCGGGUGGCAUUGUCUGGGAUCGGAGUGGUGCGAUGGGCGGCAGAGUAUGGGAUGAGGGCGGAGCAGCAGAUGGUGAUGGCGAUGGCCCCGACUCGGAGAGCUCCGGGCCGUCGCCACACACGUCGAUCUUGGCCGGGCUGGCCGAGGUGGCACAGGCGCUGACGCCCGGACAGGCGGGGAGCAGGCUGGAUGCGUCAGUUGAUGCGGUCGGCGGGGCAGUGCGGGCGCUAGAGAAUGCGCUGGAGCAGCUGGCGGCGGCCGCUCGGGGCGAGUCGGACGAUGCUGUGGCUCUCCUCGGCGAGCAUCUUGAGGUGCUAGCCGAGCAUGCUGCGCUGGCGCGCCGCCUCAAGGUCGAGGCCGCACAGCGUGAAGAGGCCAUGACUGCCCUGCAACAGCUGCUUGCUGAGUCACAUGCCGAUCGGGUCGACGCCAUUGUCGAGGCUGACGAGCUGCGGAGUCUGCUUGACGAGCGCGCCGCUGCCGCGGCCGCCGAGGGGGCAAGCUUGAUGACGAGCGAUGAGGCGCUCGACGAUCUAGCGAGCGACGAGCUCGACGCCAUUGCGCCGCGGCUGGACCGAGUGCUGGGAGCGUACUUUGAGAGCGACGACGCGAUGCGAGAGCGGCUGGCGGCGCUUGAGCGCCACAUUGCUAGCGAGAAGGAGCGCUCGCAAAAGCUGGCCGCUGCGCUCGACAGCGCCCGGGUUGCCGGUGAAGAAGCUGUGCUUUCACGCGAAGAGCUGGUGGCCGAGCUCCGUGCUGCCGAGUCGGCUCGCGAUGCAGCACUGGCACUGGCGCAGUCGGCUGCGCCUGCCGAGUCUGCUGCACCUUUGGCGGCCGACUUGCAAGCUCGCGACGAGGCCAUCGCUGAGCUGCAGGCACACGUCGCUGAGCUGGAGUCUUGCUUGGCUAAGGAGCAAGCUGCGCGCAAGGCCGCUGAGGCCCUUGCUGCGCAUGCCCAGACCGAGGCUGCAAGGCCAUCCGACGAGUCGCUUCUGCUCGAGGCCGAACUCCGUGAUCUCCGCGACAGAAUGGCCGAGCUCGAGGCCAUGGCUGUUGCUGCUAGUGCCGCUGCUGCCACCAGCGACUCGUCAACUACCUCGGACGAGGGCGAGCCAUGCACGUCCUUGCCUAUGGUGGCUGUUCCUGUUGUUGAGCCUGAACGCGUUCUGUCACUGGGGGCACCUGUGGCUGCUCCUGAUGCAUCUGAGAGUGGCGUACGGCUUGAAGCCCCCGAAACGGUGGCUGCUGGUGCCGAGAGCAAGAACAGGCUAUCGCUGACCGGGGUCGACAGCGACUCGUCGCUCGGCGAGCUCGUGGCCAUCGCUGGCAAUGACUCGUCGAGCGCGGUCGCUGCUGAUGCCAAGGAGGAGUCGUUAGUGGCAGAGAACAGCCCAUCGCUGGCCGAGGCCGACAGCAACUCGUCGCUCGGCGAGCUCGUGGCCACCGCUGGCAAUGACUCGUCGAGCGUGGUCGCUGCUGAUGCCAAGGAUGAGUCGUUAGUGGCAGAGAACAGCCCAUCGCUGGCCGAGGCCGACAGCAACUCGUCGCUCGGCGAGCUUGUGGGCACCGCUGGCAAUGACUACAACCGGGUGUCAAAGCCGCGUGCUGAAAAGGAGCUGGCAGACCUCCGCAAAAGCAAUUUCGAGCAGGCACUUGCGCUUGCUGAUGCCGCGGGCACGAUUGGCGAGUUGGAACAGAAGCUGGAGUUUGCCGACGAGGAGCACAGCCGGGCACUCGACGCAGCAAAAGCUGCUGCUGCCGAACAGGUUGCAGCUGUAGGGUUGGAGCUCAAAGCGGCGCGGGAAAGGAAUCUGGCGCUGGAGGAGCAAGCUGCAGCCCGCGACUUGCACGAGCAGCUGGAGCAGCGAGCUGCAGAGAUCGAAGCACUGACGCGCGCUGCCGAUGACAUGCGCGCCGAGCUGGAGCGGGUCGAAACGGCCCGGCGCGAUGAUGUUGCAGCGCUCGAAUCACAGCUUGUCUCGAGUCAGGCCAGCCAUGACGCAGCAAUCGCCCUCGUUCGUGAAGAGCUGUCAGCGGCAGCUGCGGCAGAGCAGCGUGCUCUGCGCGACAAAGUGCACACUCUCGAGCGUGACAAUGCGCUCAUGCAAACGGAUCUGGCCACGUUGGAGCAGUUGGCCGCCGUGCGCGAAGCACCCACCGAGGUUCUGGAGGCUGAGGUUGCCGCUGCGCAGCGCCGGGUUGCUGAUCUCGAGGCCAUGCUUGAGCAGAGCCGCGAGACGGCAGCAGAGCGAGUGGCUGCGCUUAAGCAACGAGCGACCAAGGCCGAGGCAAGUCUUGCCGAGGCAACUGGCGAGUGCGAUGCAGUCUGCGCCGACAUGGCGCGCCUGAAAGCAAGACUGGAGGCGUCCGAGGCCGAGGAGGCCGCGAUCCAGACCGAGCUUCUGGAGGCAAUGAGCGAGGCGCGAGAUGCGCGUGCGGCUGCGCGUGCUGCCAAGGCCGAGACCGCACGGAUUCGCGAGGAGAGCGAGGCACAGAUUGCGCGGGUAGAGCGCAAGUUGGCCGUGGCUGUGGCCAAGGCCGGUCCGGAGCCGCCACCCUCCAUCGAGACAGGGACCCAGACCGAGGCCGAGGCAAGUGUUGAGACCGAGAACAUGGUCGAGGAGGUAGCCGAUCUCGUGCGUCAGCGGAACGAAGCGUACGAGCUCGAGGCAGCCCAUCGCAGCAUGCUGGCUGAGGCUGUCGAUGAACUGCGCGAGGCCGAGCAAGAAAUUGCUGCCAAAGACGCACAGAUCGCCGAGCUGGCGGCCUCGGUGCGGACGAGCAAGCCUGCUGACACCACUGUCGAUGAGCUGCUGGCCUCGCUCGACAUGCUCUCGCCGAGCCCAGCGGAGCAAAUGGCGCAAAAGGCGGCUCGGGCCAAGGACCGGGCUCGGGCCAAAGCCAAGGCCAAGGCCAAAGCCAAGGCCAAAGCCAAAGCCAAGGCCGAGCGGGCGAUGGCACGGGCGCGCGAGCGGGCGCAGCGAGCGACGGCCAAAGCCAAGGCCAAAGCCAAGGCCAAAGCCAAGGCCGCGGCGAUGACACCAGCUCCGAUACGGCGGGCGAUGUUGCCACCGGGACGUGUUGGCAAAGACUUUACCGUUCGGGUCUCGAUGUCGUCGUCGCCGCCUGUCAUGGUGUACAGCGGAACCGGUAACGAGCUCUCACCGCUGCGGCCGGUGCAGCCAUCGUCGCUGAGCGAAACAACACGGUUUGAUGAUUCAAUGCGCAAGCAGAGGACGCUGAAGACCACAGCUGGACUGGGCAUCAUCCAGCAAGGCAUGGUCAUGCUCGCGACUCGCGACAUUGACGUCGACACUGCCGAGCUGUUCAUGGACUAUCGCUAUAUUCUGUCGCUUGACCAUCCGGAGUGA